AUGGAACUUGGUUCUCAACAGGGCAAACCUCCAGGACACGGUCCUCCAAGCAGCAGUCCUCCAGGCAGCGCUCCUUUAGGCCAUGGUAGCAGUCCUCGACGCCACGGUGGAUCCAACAAUCGUCAAAUCCGCAUAGAUAUUAAGGAGUAG